AUGUCCCCUGAGAUUCUCAACAAAAAGCGCUAUAAUUACAAAGUGGACAUAUGGUCACUUGGUAUUAUGGCUCUUGAGAUGAUUGACGGAGAGCCUCCUUAUCUCCACGAAACACCAUUGAAGGCGAUCUACCUUAUUGCACAGAAUGGAAAGCCUGAAAUCAAGAGACGAGACCAGCUUUCUCCUGAUUUCUUAGACUUCUUAGAUCGCUGCCUCGUAGUCGAACCCGAGGAUAGGUAA